UCCCCAUGAUUCUGAGCAUAUUUUACAUUUCAGUACAAGCUUUUGUGCACUGAACUACAUUUUGUAGAUAGUACAUUUUUUAAAAAUGAAAGUAAUUUUUUUGGAAGACAGAUAAGAAUGACUCAAACAGCACCUCAUUUUUGGAGCUCAGAAGCACGGCAAAAUCAAUCUUGAAGCACUAACCUGCUUCAAUUUUAAAUACUGGAAUAUAUAAUCUAAUAAUUACUGUAGUAUUGAAUUCCAUUUUCCAUUAGAAAAUCCAAUAGGUAGAACAUUUAAAUUGCUGUUAAAAGUAUUUCAGAUUACAUAUUUAGUAAUUUAAAACUUAUUAAUCUCAAAUCAUAUUACAGACUUCAGAUCUGAUCUUUGAAUAGCUUAUUAUACUGUUGAAUAAAUUUUAGCACAGUACUUAUUGUACUUAUAUGUCUUCAGGUUCUGUAUUUUUUAUUUCAACUGUGCCUUCUUUCAUGGCUUGGAUGACUUAUAUUUCCCACUGGUUUGAUGAAGAUGAUUGGUAUGAAGGACAACAAAGAGCAAAAAUGUCACAUGUGAAACAAGUGGGACUUUUAGCUGCUGGAUGUCAGCCAUGGAAUAAGGAUAUAUGUGCCGCUAGUGGUGACAGAUUUGCCUACUGUGCUACCCUUGCUGUUUAUAUUUAUCAGCUGGAUCACCGAUACAAUGAAUUCAAGCUCCAUGCAAUUAUGUCUGAGCACAAGAAGACAAUCACAGCCAUAUCUUGGUGUCCCCACAACCCUGACGUGUUUGCAAGUGCCAGCGCAGAUAGUUUAGUGAUCAUAUGGAAUGUGAAUGAACAGAAAGUUGUGGCCAAGCUGGACAAUACAAAAGGAAUUCCUGCAUCCCUUGGCUGGUGCUGGAAUGCAGGUGACGCAGUUGCAUUUGUGUCGCACAGAGGUCCACUGUACAUUUGGACUAUCUCAGGACCUGACAGCGGGGUAACUGUGCAUAGAGAAGCACAUAGUUUCUUGUCAGAUAUCAGUCUGUUUAGAUGGCAUCCAAAGAAAAAAGGAAAGGUGGUAUUUGGACAUACUGAUGGAAGCCUUUCUAUUUUUCAAUCAGGUUCUAAAAAUCAGAAACAUGUCUUAAGACCAGAGACUCUUGAAGGAACAGAUGAAGAGGAUCCAGUUACCGCUCUGGAGUGGGACCCUUUGUCAACUGAUUACCUUCUUGUUGCUAAUUUACAUAAUGGUAUUCGACUAGUUGAUUCUGAAUCUCUGUCCUGUAUCACAACUUUUAGUUUUCCCAGUGCAGCAGCAUCUGUUCAGUGUUUAGCCUGGGUUUCUAGUGCACCUGGAAUGUUUAUAACUGGAGAUUCUCAGGUUGGUGUGUUACGUGUUUGGAAUGUUUCACGUACAACACCUAUAGAGAAUUUUAAAUUGAAGCAAACUGGUUUCCAUGGCUUGCAUGUGCUAAGUUCUCCUCCAAAACAAAAGUCAUGUUCAUCACAGUAUCCUCCUAAAAAUCACCAUACAUCUUCAACAAGUGAGGCUGUUCCUCCUCCAACUUUAACCCAAAACCAAGCAUUUUCUCUUCCUCCUGGUCAUACCGUCUGUUGCUUCAUGGAUGGUGGAGUGGGGCUUUAUGACAUGGGAGCCAAAAAGUGGGAUUUCCUUAGAGAUUUGGGACAUGUUGAGACCAUCUUUGAUUGCAAAUUCAAACCUGAUAACCCUGAUCUUCUUGCUACAGCUUCAUUUGAUGGCACAAUAAAAGUUUGGGACAUAAAUACUUUAUCAGCGGUUUAUACAUCUCCUGGUAAUGAGGGGGUUAUUUAUUCCAUUUCUUGGGCUCCAGGAAAUCUGAACUGCAUAGCAGGUGGAACAUCCAGAAAUGGUGCCUUUAUCUGGGAUAUUCGAAAAGGCAAAAUAAUAACCAGAUUCAGUGAGCAUGGAAAGAAUGGAAUCUUCUGCAUUGCCUGGAGUCAUAAAGAUUCCAAAAGAAUAGCAACCUGCAGCAGUGAUGGAUUUUGUAUUAUUCGAACCAUUGAUGGCAAUGUUCUUCACAAGUACAAACAUCCAGCUGCAGUGUUUGGCUGUGAUUGGAGUCAAAACAACAAAGAUAUGAUAGCUACUGGUUGUGAGGAUAAAAAUGUUCGUGUUUACUACUUGGCAACCAGCUCUGAUCAACCACUGAAAGUUUUUACUGGGCAUACUGCAAAGGUGUUUCAUGUACGGUGGUCUCCUCUCAGAGAAGGAAUCCUCUGCAGUGGCUCUGAUGAUGGUACCGUUCGGAUAUGGGAUUAUACACAAGAUGCUUGUAUAAAUGUUCUUAGUGGACAUACAGCUCCAGUACGGGGACUGAUGUGGAAUCCUGAAAUUCCUUACCUUCUAAUAUCUGGCAGUUGGGACUAUACAAUUCGAGUCUGGGACACAAGAGAUGGAACAUGUUUGGACACAGUUUAUGAUCAUGGUGCAGAUGUGUAUGGAUUAACGUGUCAUCCUAGUCGUCCAUUUACGAUGGCAUCUUGCUCUCGUGAUUCCACUGUGAGACUCUGGUCAUUGACACCUCUUAUAAACCCUCUACAAAUAAAUAUCAUAACAGACAGAUGUUGGGAUGAUAUUGUCGGCAAUACAGAUCGCGCCGUGGAGUCUGGAGCUCCUCCUUUGCUGUGUGGUAAAGUUUCCAGGGAUAUUAAACAAGAAUUGGAAAAAUUGUCAGGAAGUCUUCAAGGAAAAAAACUAAGGUGGUUUUCAGAAUUUUUUUCACCUCCAGGAGGCAGCAAAAAUUUGUGGGAUUUGGUUGCUGUAAUAAAGGGACAGGAUGACAGUUUGCUUCCACAAAACUACUGCAAAGGAAUUAUGCAUAUGAAACACCUGAUUAGAUUUAGACUGUCCAAGGCACAAGAACUGACAACAGUAAAGAUGUCUAAAUUUGGAGGUGGUAUUGGUGCACCCAGCAAAGAGGAAAGGCUCAAAGAAGCUGCAGAAAUACAUUUAAGAUUAGGACAAAUUCAGCGAUAUUGUGAGCUAAUGGUAGAACUUGGAGAGUGGGACAAAGCUCUCUCAGUUGCACCUGGUGUAUCAAUGAAAUAUUGGAGGAAGUUAAUGCAAAGGAGAGCGGAUCAGUUAAUUCAGGAAGAAAAUGAUGAUGUCAUCCCAUACUGUAUAGCUAUUGGAGAUGUGAAGAAACUGGUUUCAUUCUUUACUUCAAGAGGUCAGCUUAAAGAGGCUCUACUUGUUGCACAGGCAGCUUGUGAAGGAAAUAUACAGAUGUUGACACUCUCCACAACAAGUGGAACUUCAAAUUCUGCUGGAAACAAUACAGAUGAUUAUAAUGAUCUUCUGCAGAAGGUCAGUAAAGAACUGGCAGAUUGGUAUUUCCAGGAUGGCCGUGCAGUGCUUGCAGCAUGUUGUCAUUUGGCUGUCGAAAAUAUAGAGCUUGCGAUGGCAAACCUGAUUCGUGGAAAUGAACUGGAGCUGGCAAUCAGUGUGGGUACUGUCUUAGGAGAAAGUGCAGCACCAGCAACACAUUAUGCCCUAGAAUUACUAGCAAGAAAAUGUAUGGCAGUAAUAACAUGCUUCCCAUCACUUGGAUACAGGGAUUUAGCAGUUGAUCUUCUUAUGAUGAUUCCUGAUAAUAAACUGCAGUUAGUGAAACUAUGUGCUUUUUAUCCUGGAUGCACAGCAGAAAUAAAUGACCUGCAUGAAAAGUGUAAGCUUCCUGAUGUGGAAGAAUGUAUGAGAGUGGCAGAGACAAUUCAGGCGGAUGGGGAUGUAUUUGAAACAAUGAAGUACUAUCUGUUAAGCACAGAACCUGAAAAGGCUCUCCCUGUUGGCAUUCAGUAUGUGAAAGAACAACUCUGUGGCUCAGAUUGGACUUUAGAUUCAGUCUUUCCAUAUCUUGAUCUUUUAAGUUACAUACGGACUGAGCAGUUAAUGUUGCCUAAGUGUAGUGAGUUUCGGAAUGAGUUACUGAUUUUGUGUGGUUACAUUGGUGCUUUACUUGCUAUCAGAAGAGAGUACAACAGCAUUGUACCUGCACUCUAUGAGUAUACAAGUCAGCUUUUAAAAAGACGGGAAGUAUCUGUACCUUUGAAAAUUGAACAGCUUUCUGAGGAAUUAGAUGCAUGGAGAGCUUGCACACAAUUAAACAAGCCCACGGAUGAGUUGCCAUGCACCCCGCCCUCUGAAUCACAGAGAGCCCUGUACUCAGUACUUGUCUCACGAAUUCAGGGGGAGCCUCUGAAGGGAAUGGUUGGGCCAGACUGUGUCACUGGAUCAAAUCUUCCCAGUCAUUCAGAUGUUCACACCUCCUGUUUGACAGGGCUAAAGAUCCAGGGUCCUGUGUUCUUCCUCGAAGAUGGAAAAUCUACUAUUUCACUGAAUGAUGCUUUGAUGUGGGCCAAAGUGAAUCCUUUUUCACCAUUAGGAACAGGGAUACGACUUAACCCAUUUUGAUGAGGUGUUUCCUCUGUACUUUAUAGUGCUUAAAAUAACACUCUGGGAGUUAAUGCUGAUUUAACCUUGAUUGUCAAAGGACAGAGAGGUGGUAGUUGAUUCCUCCUGCAGGUCAAUUACUUGAACUUUGAAAAUUUUAACAUGAGAACAAAAGGAUUUCUAUACAAAUGUUUGUUGAGAAUCCAAAGAAAAGAGUUAUUUGAUAAUCCAAAGAAAAAGUCCUAAUUUCAUAUAUAGCCAUGUCAUUUUUUUUUGUAAGAAUAUUGUCAUCAGACAAUUAUUUUUGUCAACUUUGUGUGAAUAGAUGCUUUGUAAAGUAAGCAACUAUCUACAUAUUACCAAAAUAUUGAUAAUAAACUGUGAAACACAUAAACACCCUUCCAAAUAUAUAAUCAUAGAAAAAAUUACUUUAUUGACAGCAACUCCAAAAUUUUUUUAGAAUGACUGGAAUAUUUUGGCUGUUUCACACUGUCCCCCUUUAUAAUUUGAACUAAUUUUUACACACAGGGUUCUAUAGCAAAAGUAAAAUUUCAAGAGUAGGUGUUUUUUUCAUCCACUUGUUAUUGUGCUUUAAUAGCAGUACAAAUAGAAGGUCACUUAUGUUUUGUGUAGAUUAUCUAUGUUUUCUUUAGAUUAUCUAUUUUUUAUUUAUUUAUUUAGAUUAUCUAGAUUACAAAAUUGUAUUUUCUAAUAGGAUCAUAUUUGGCAACAUUCUCUGUUAUGCUUUCACUGGAGGCUAAAACUCUUUAUAAAUUUUCUUGUUUUUUUUAACAAAGGCUUUGUAUAGAACAAGCAGCAUAUUUAUUGAAGUUAUUUAACUAUGCUAUGUACAUUUCGAAAGCUUGUUUUCUCUUUACAUUUUGUAUUAGUUAUAAACAUGCAUAUAAUAUGACAGACCAGAAUUAAGUACUUGUGCAUUUAUAUUUUUAUUUACUACAUCUGCACUCAAAUGGAAAAGCAGUUAUGGCAAUAGAAUACUAAAAAUAUUUAAAGCUAUGUAUAGUAUGGAAUUUAUUAUAAGGCAAAUAUUAUACUCAUUAUUCUUAUUAAUAAUUCUUAUAAGCAGAAUUGCUCACUUUUAGAAAAGAUGCCUUGGUUGCAAUACUUUUUGUUAGCUUAAUAAGCUAAGCUUUUGUUAGCUUAAUACAUAAGCAGAAAUCUAUUUCAUCUGGGUUUUUUUGCUGCUACUUUAAAAUAAAUUUUGAAAUUUAUUUAAAUUCCUGAUAGUUACAUUAAAUAUAAAGAGGUUACAAUCAAAAAAUGGCAGAAUUAUUUCUAAAGCGACUGUUCUAAAACUGGAAAUAGUAUUGGGUCUCUAUUUAGUAGAUCCUAUCAAAAAAGCCUCAAUUUAGAGGCAAGCCUUGCCCUUAUUUAACUAUAGAAAUAACGAUGCCACCAUGCUGGAAUGUUGGGAUGGAGAUUAGAAAUAAAAGAAAAUCCUGGGUUGGAUUUUUUGCCCUCCCUCUUUAAAAUCCUCUGUCAAUGUUCUAGAGUAUUAUUACAGGGUUUCUGGUGUAAGAAUAUAUUGGGUGGAGGAACAUAGCUGUUUUGUACCUUAAAACCCCCAUUUGUAUACAUGGGUGCUGGAAACAAAUCUUUUACUUCCUGCAAGUAUUCUCUGAAAAUAUUUUUCCUUUGUUUACUCCAUGGUACUUGCAGAAGAAGAAUUCAGUUUCAGAAGUUAAAAUUCAUAGUUUUUGAAAGAAUUUUCCAUCAGUCAGUAUCUGAUCUUGCUUCUGUCAAAUGAAAGACUAUCUGUCUUUUAGCACAUAAAUCUUACAACCUCGUAUAUAAAAGCUCUAUAUACCGAGGUGGAGAGCAAAAAAAAGAAUUGAUCAUGAAGCCCUGUGACUGAGGAUUGGGAUCUGAAGUAUUAACUCAACUGCCAUUCUACUAUAUUUUAAAUCUUUUGUUGUAUCAUAAAAAUUUUUAUUAAUAUUUCACAGUUAAAAUAUAUUGAAUAUGUAGAAUAACUGCAUCAAUGUGUUGCACAUAAAUUAUGACUUAACAUGGAAUCUUGGGCAAAUCUACUCCCUCUAAAUUACAGAGUGAGAGUUAGGAAUUCAUUCCUUGCUAAAAUACAAAAAUUAAGUCAAAGGGCAUUUUUUAUAUUGGGGAUCCAUCAGGUAACAGUCUUUGUGAAUAACACGAGGUUGUAUUUUCCUUGAAGUUGUUUGUACAGUGGUGAGUGAGGGCAAUAUGCAGAAAAGGUUGUAAUUGUGUCUGCUGUUACAGCUGUGGUUGCAACUGUCAACUGCUUCAUCAGUUUCAAAAAUAAUUUCAGAUUGUUUGCUAAUGUGUAGCUUCAUUGUCUAGUAUAGCAAGUCAAAUAUAGAUAUCUCCCCCUUAAUAUUAAAGAAUACUUUGUCUUCAAAAGACUGUUUGACUCCUCUGUAAAAGUCAUAUUUCCAUUUAAAUGAAAAAACAUACGAAGCUACACAGCUAGUGCUUUCCAAUUACUAUUAAAUCUCUGUUAUGUUCAACAUCCGUGCAAAAUCAAAUCCAUUGUUUUUUGGAAAUAACCUGUCCCAACAGUACUGACACGUUUAUUAUCUUCAGAGACAGCUUCACUGGCAGCUGCAGUCUGAGAUGGGAGAUUUGGCACUUUAAAGCCAUGAUGUGUGGAAUGAUGUCCUGUCUAUUCCACCCUGCUCAGGGCUCCUGCCAGGCUGGGCCAGUGAUGCUGCCCUGGCCAUGGCCAGAGCCAAGCAGCCCACAGCCCCAGGGAGGCCCAGGAGAAGCACAGGGAGAACCUUGCAUUCCACGUGCUUUCUCACCCACCAGUGCAGUGCCUCCUGUGGGUCUCUGGAAUAUGUUUUUUUUUCUUUUUCUCUGAAAAUGCCUUAGAACACUUUUUAACUUGGAUAAAAGUUCUUUAAGUAAGAGCUUUAUUGUAAUAGGGCGCUUAAACAGUGCUCUGACCUGGGUCACUGUUUACCUCAGAUCCUGUUUCUAACAUUUUAAUAUAUAACAUUUAUUUCAUACUAAGAAUUCAACCCAUCCAAGCCACAUUGAAUAGGGCCCUGACAACAUGAGAACAGCAACAAAUCUGUAAUUUCUGGCUAAACAAGGGAUCAUUUUUGGAAGGGAUUUUACCAAGCACUAACACCACGUAUUUCAUUGCCCUGUGUUUUUGUUAUGUGAAAGUAGCACAGGGCUCUGAUCUGCCAGAGACAUGUCCCAGUGCAUAGUCCUGCCAGGCCAACAACAUCCAUUCCCUCAUUUGUUUGUCCCUGUCACAUAGUAACAGAAGCAAUGCCCAAUCCAACUCAGCUCAGCUUGCCAAAAUUAACUCAAUUUUCACACAAUUAUCUCUUAGCAAAAGGUGGAAGUUUAUGUUGAAAAGUGCCUCUUGCCUGAGAUCGAAGUAAUGGUAUUACCAAAAGCCAGUUUCUUCUGACUAGUGCCCUAUUCUGUAUAAUUACACACAAAAAUACUACCAAAUACCUGUAAGCUA